AUGCUUAUUCUAAUUUUCUUAAAUUUUAUAGUAGGCAUCUAUUGUGUGAAUAGAAAUGAAAGCAAAGUUAUAUUGACUGAUUUUUACAAUAAAAAUUCGCCAGUUUUUGUGAUAGCUCCUUAUUAUGAAUCAUUUACAAUCGACUUAUUUGAUUCGAAAGAUGUCUUAGAAAACACAAGCUUUAGUAAUGUAAACUCCACAAACUAGAAUUUGACGUUUAAAAUCACUCCUUUUAUAGAAAAUACAUCCUAAUCCAUAGAGUCAGCAUUUUGUCCAAUUGAUGAAUGGGGACCUUUAUACCAACCUGCUCGUUUCUAUUUGAGUUUAACCACGAUAGAUCUCCUAUUUUACAAUCAAAGUAAUGAUAAAAUAGUCCAGGUCUAAAACAGUUUGCACAAAGAUUUGUAAGAUUUGGAUGAAAAUUUUUUAAAUAUUUCUUGCUAUUCCAUAUUCCAAUUACGAAAAGAUAACUAAUUUGGAUUGGAUUGUAAUCUAAAUAAUAACACCACAGUGCUUAUUUUUGAUUUAAUAUUUGACGAGCAAACAUUAAUUAUAGAGAACUUCGCUUAUAACACCUACUAUUACUAUUCAUACGAAGAUGAGGAAAACUAGAAUUUCCUUACCAAAUGUCAAUUCAGAAAAACCAUCAAUGCAAAUAUCCUAGAUGUUGCUAAUGAGAUAAAAUUUGAAUUUAUAUAAUAUUGUCCUAGUCUAUUCAAUCAAAAGGCAAUUACAAACGAAUUUUUAAUUAUUCAUCAUGAAAUAGUAUUUAGGGAAAACAGUACCUUGCAUUUGCAGGCCUAUUAAGCAACUACUGCAGAUAUAUAAUCUUGCAAUUUGGAUCCGAAUAUAAUGAUAGAACAGAUAUUUAUAAAUUCAAUGAUAAAUGGAUAUGAUAAUUAAACCUGGAACGUUGGAUUUUUGUUUCAGUUUUCUCCCAAAAUUUGCAAAUGCAACGUCAAGGAGAUCUAUGCAUCUCAUUAUAAUAUACUUUGCAAGAGCACACUGAUUGAGCUGUAUUAGCCAAACCAAAUCAGAUAAGUGCAAAAUCUCAAUGACGAAGUAGUCCUUGUGACUGGAAACAAUUUGGCUGUCCUCAUCAUCUAUCUGGAAAGAUCUUAUCAAUCCCAAAACUACUUUACUCUUAGUUAUAAAGAGAUUUUCGAGCCUGGCUAUCUCUUAGUUGAUGUGUCUAUCACCAGUCAAUAUUUGGCUGUGAUUAUGACUGAUUCUCCAUUUGCUCAAUAGAUUUCUCCGUUCUAUUAAAAACCUAACUUAUAAUGUUCAAAGUAAGCUCCUGGAGAAACCAAAAACAUUUUGAAGAUCUUUUACUUGAAUUCAGAAUACAAAACAGUUUAUUAUUAAUCAAGCACUUUUAAUUAGUUUCAGAAUUUCUUUUAGAGUCUAAAUUAAAUAGAAUUCGGAAAUUUCAUUCUAUUGUAUAAUUACUUCGAUCAGAAAAUCAAUGUCAUUACGCUGUUUGAGAAACAAAUGAAUGUAUCUUAUUAGUUGGGACAGGAUAACUUAACUUAAACUUACAAUCAGUAAAUCAGUCCAAUCAUUAUCUCCUUUAAUAUAUCAGGUGGAUACAUGGCAUUCAAUCAAUCCCAGAACACAUACAAAUAUGCACUGAUGACAUUCUAAAGAUUUAUCAUCCUAUGCUUUAUCAAAUUGGGAGAUAGCAAUUUCCAACUGAUUGCUUAAAUACAUAAGCUCGAUGAGAAAGAUUAGCAGAGUUUGACCUUGUGUCCAAUAAGCAAAGACAUUUACGUAUUCCAAGAAAUCAUAAAUUCGAUCGACUUAUUUGAAGGCAUUAUGGGUCCAUUGUUAAAUUUCAACUAUGUUCCCAAUUACAAUGUGAGCAAAUAUUAUCCCUAUUAUUAAAAUCACAAGGCAAUCAUAAAAGAAAAUCAACUCUAUAAAAAUAAGCAUCAGACAAGAUAAGUGUUCAAUGUUUUGAGUGCUGUAAACAAAAACAUAUUUAUUACUUCCAACAUCUUUGGAAUAGUCGAGAUCCUAUUGACCUACUCUAAUAGUAUAGACAAUUAAAUAAAUAAUGAAGCCAUCAUUAUUAAUAAAACUUGUAUCAUUAAUGCUAAGCAAUACGAAAGCUUCUCAAAGUAGUUCCCCAUAAAUAUUGAAAUUUAACAGUGCGUUGAAGAGAAGUAUAAAGAUCUCCAAAAAUACUUGAGUCAAGUUGAUUACUACAAAUAGUUUUAAUAUUUUGACAUAGCAGUACAAUACAAAGAUUCAAUGUAAAAACCUCUUAUUAAUCUUAUUAGUAUAGUAUUUUGCCAAAAUAAAAAUUCAAUUAUUAGAUAGUAACGAUGUCAGAGCAUCACAGAAAUGAAAUCAAAUGAUAACAUCGUGCAAAUUUACAUUCUUCAAGGACCUAUUAAAAAUGAGAGAAUUAAUUACUUUAUCACUAUUCUUUAUAGUUCAAGUGUGACCAGGUUAUACUUCUACGUUUUAGAUCUUUUUUUGCCCAGCUAAAUCUAUCCAGAGAUCAAAUAUCACGACAUAUAAUGUUACAAUAUCUUAGACACUCACAGUCCAAUAGUCUCCUUUAGAUACACUUAUGUUAACUAAUAAACCUUAUUCAUAUUGUUCUAUGAUGCAAGAAUUGUUGUUUAUACACCUGGACCCAUUAACUCAACCAAGGAAAUUAAAUUGUAUAAUUACACCUCUACACUAACCAACCUUGUACUUAACAUCAAGGAAUGUGAGAAUAACAGUUUCUUAGGAUUUGAAAUUACUAAAUAUUUCUAGUCGAAAUUGGCUAAGUAAUAUUUGAUCGUUUGGUGCCAAGAAAAUUAAAACGGCAACUUCACACCUAUUUUACUACAAUACAUAAUUACUAAUAUUAAUUAGAUUAAUUUUUGGAGGAGACUCCCCAAUUAUGAUACUAUUUUAAGUAAUUAAUGCAAAAUCCUGAUAUCUGGCUUAAUAUUGUAUGUUCCCAUCAUUACGAAGAGCGUCUACAAUGACUAUUUUUAGAAAUACUAUAUUUACAAUUUGGAAGACUAUACUGCCAGAUCUCUGGUUGAGAAAAUAGAAAUUGAGAAGAAGAAGAAAGAAUAAAUUAUAACAUAUCCCAUAAGCAACUUAAUGGAUUCAUUACUAGCUGGAUCCUCUAUCAGUUUGACUCUUAUUAUCACAGAGAAGAAAUUCGAAAUUUAUUAUUUGAAUUAAAAAGCAGAAUUUAUAUUCCACCUCUAAUAGCAGUUCAUUCCUGAAUACAACGAUUCUCCAUUUUUGUUGGUCAUUGGUGUUUUUUAAUCAUAAAAGCCCAACGUUUUGUAUAGAAAUUACACUUUGGUGUACAAUUUCUCAAGCACCUAGAUCUCCUUUGCGUAUAAUUGUUCAUCAGAAUACAAAGUAGAAGUAAAUUACGAUUAAAUCAGCUAAGCUGGAGGAUAUUUUUAAUUUCUCUUUUUAGUUAAUUAAUCUUUCUUCAAUGGACCAAUUGCUUCUUAUGAUUACUAGUCAAACCAAAAGAAUUUGUCUAUUAUUCCAUCUCCUUAUUUAUAAAUGAAUAAAUACUUAGGUAGUUAUAUGGAUGAAGUAUCCUCCUUUGGACAAGUUUCUUAAAUUAUUGAUAUAGGGGAUGAAAUUUAUAUAGGUUUGUUCAACCAAGAUAUCGUGAAUAUCUCUUAAUAUAAGGAUUUAAUAAUCGUAUUGACUGACUAUUAUGUGUUGUUUUAUCAAAAGAAUUCCAUUCCAGAUGUAAAUAGAUCUUGCAUCUACUCUAAUUACACUCAAGAUGAAAAAAGAGGCAGUUCACCGUUAUGCUCAAUAAGACUGAUCUAUGUUCACGUAUUAAAGCCAUCUAAUCCCUUCUUAUUUUGUCAAAUGCAAUUAAACGGUGUAAAUGUAUUGAUCAUAGUAUGCCAACUGAAAUAUUUUAAUAAAUCAAAUGGUAAAAUAUCGUUUUAGGAUCAUGAAAACAUCUAAUAAUAUAUUUAUUUAGAGUAUACUUACGUCAGACUUAACAAUUCUAUUUCAAUUCCUGUGAAUAUUGUGAAUGAUAGGUAGUUUUGUUACUGCUUCUUCAAUGAUUUGUAGCCUUUCUUCUACAACAAUUCAAUUUACUAAAUGAUCAAGAGUGGAUAUCAAGAACUGAAUUCCUAUUUUGGGAUUUAUCAAAUAGUAAUUACAAAUAAUUAAACCAUACAAUUCAUUCAGCAGAGCUCGUAUCCCAACACAAACGAUUCAUAGCCUUUGUCAUAUGCAGAAGACUUUGGCUUGUCUGUGAUUGAAUACCAAUAGAUUCAAUACUUGUACUUAAUACUUUUGCAACCCAACAAUAUAUUUGUGUUGGUGAUUAAUAUGACAGAUGGGUUUCCCACUAAUGGGCCUGGCAGGAACCUGUUAUUUUAAAAGAAUGAAGAUUACGUGAGAUUCGAAAAGGCAGUAUUUAUUCAGACCCUCAACCAUCAUCAGCCUCACAUUGUAAAUGACUCAUUUAUGGAGUAAACUAUUUCUGUUGGAAACAACAAUCAAAUCUAUGAGAUUACUUUUAACAUCCUAACACUCGAAGCCAAACUGAGAUAUACUUUCUAUUAAUACUUGUUAUGUCAUCAUAACUUUUUGUCUCGUCCACAAAUUGAGAUUUAGUUUCAAAAUGAUACUAUAUUCUAUAUGGUCACUUAAUGCUUAUCCAAUCAAUUUGAAUACCAAUCUAUUUAAGUGGAAAUGACGUAUCUGCUUAAUGAAUUGAACACCAAUAUAGUUUACACCUCUCUCUUCAUCAGGAACUACAGUCAAAACUAUUCAAGGCCAGUGGAAAUCUUGGAACCGUAUUUGGUCAACCCAUAAGAGUUGCGUCUACAGAAAACCCAAUUAUAUUAGGCUUUAGAUACCCAAACCAACACAUCGAAGUCACAUGUUCUGAUAACUAACAGCACCUAUUUCUUGAUUGAUCUAAUACUGUAUACUGACAAUGGGUAUUACUUGUAUUAUCCCAUUUAAUCAGCAAAUGAUAAUAGGAAUCAUUCAGUAUCCUUGAAUAUUACUGCAUACAACUCCUAUUCGAGUUGUGAGGUCGAAUUUAAAUUGGGAUGGGUUGAGUAGGAUAGUUAGGUGAAUAGUCUGGCUUGGUUCUGGGCGAUAUUAUCUCUUUUGUUGUUGUUGAUUUUGACUGUGAUUAUAAUUGCUGUUUAUGGUUUUUGUUAAAAACAGAGUCAGAUUGGCAAAUAGGACAAGGAUUUCCCUCUUGAAAGGAUUGGAGAUGAUUAAAGUGAAUAAGGGUUGGAAUUGCAGGGAGCUGCUUAUAAUCAAUUGAUGUUGGGGGAUGUGUUCAAAGAUCUGUUGCGAAAUAACAGAACUAAGAAGCGGACAGUUUCAUAUGUGGAUGAAUUGUCAGAUUGA